UUGCACACGACGCGCUGUUUUCUUGGAAGCUUCAGAACGCUCUCUUCCAGCUGGCGCUACGGUCGUUGCAAACACCCGGUCUACAACUUGAGGUCCAUUAAAAUCUCGCUGGAAACUUUGAAACCCCUAAAUCGCCAUGGCUGAUGUCAAGAAAAACGGUUCUGAGGAGGAGGAGUUUGUCGAGAAUGCGUCUGAGGACGACGAUGAUGAAGACGAAGUCGACUCGGAAGAUGAUGACUGGGAAGAGGACGAGUCUCCCAAGAAGGGGGGCCGUGGAAGAGGAAGAGGCCGCGGAAGGGGCCGUGGCGCCACUAAAAGGGCCGCGAAGGGUAAAGCGGGUGGAAAGCCCAAGAAGUCCAAAACUGAUGAUGAUGAGGACGAUGAAGACAAUGAAGAUAUCGAGGAUGAAGAAGAUGAGGAGGAAUCGGAAAGCUCUGGACAAGAGGAUGACGGCAAGGACCCUACCAAGAAGGAGUUCAAGUCUGGGAAAUUCGUCGUACUGAAGAAAGAUCUCACUGGAACUGAAAAGCCCCCAAUCUGGAAGAUCGAUGGCAAGGUGCUGCUCCAGAAAUUUAUGCCUUUCGACAGGGAUGGAAAGGUGUUAUACAAGAGCACCUCCACGUAUUCUGGAUGGAGCCACCACAAUCGUGACCAGUACAGAUCAGCGCCAGUCAAAUUGGAAGAGGAGGGGCCCAACGAAACCAUUGUCGAGUUCCUCAAAGAUACCAUCCCAGCUGAAGAGGAAGAAACCGUUGCACCUUCAGUGGAGGCUGGAGCUGCGUAAAUCAGUGGUAUUCACGUCACCUGUUCUCUGUAUUCGUCGAGCACAUCAUUCAUACAGUUAGCAACUUCAUUUAGGACACUAUUAUGUAUUGUUGGUCUGUUCCCCUACUGAACUUUAAAUCCAUCAUAUCGUGCAACUAAGCAGUGUUAAACUCCAUUUCAAUUAAUAGUCUACAUUCCAUCGAGAAUUUUAUUAUUUAAAACUGCAAUUGGGCGCAUCAGGUGGAACAAAAAUAAAAGCACAUUUUGCCAUAUUAAA